CAGUUGUAGAGUGAUUCCGUAAUGUUGGCUACUCAGUAUUGGCCCAGGAGAAAAUGGCAGCUUCAAUGCUUCGUCGUGUUGGAAGAAUCCUGAAACAAAUAGAAAAUAUUUUUGCGUUGGCAUUUGGACGACAAUUUCCGCCACAGAGUCUCUGUGUGGUGGCAGUACCAACAAAUGCGACAAACAAGACAAGUCUAGACGUUCUAGACAAUGGAUUCCUGUGGGCAGUGCCUCGCAGCAGACGUUCAGUUGAGAAAAGAUUAAGUCGGAAAUUCGGCUACCCGGAAUAUGUUUAUAAAUUGUUACUUCCGAAACGAAAUCUUCUUGUAUGUAAUACUUGUGGUCAUCACUACGAAGCCAAUCAUUUGUGCCCUCACUGUUAUGCUAAAGUUCGAACAGAAACAGAAGCAAUGCAGUCGACUAUUCAAAAAGAACUGGGGUUGAAUCCUGUAGAACAGGAAGUAGUUGUUAUAUACGAAGGUGAAAAAGUAGAACAGCCAGCAGAAUUCUGGAAGGGUAAACGUGUCAUUGAAAUGAAGAAGGAAAGACCAUCAUGGUUUAGUAAAAACUUGCUUGAAAAGUCAACAGUUCAGCCUUCAAGUGGUGGUGAUGUAAAACCAACAGAACUAGCAUAACCACAAGUCCCUUUCAGUUCUUCGGUACUAGAAAUUCACUGACCUAAAUUUCAUCUCCUGCCUGGUCAGAUUCAUAACAAAGUGCAACAUAUCAACUUCGUGUCUUACAUAUCCUGAGGUGAAAGCAAAGCUGCUGUUCCUAAGCACUACAUCACGAAGGCACACACAAAGCAAAGCAUCACACAUUCUACAUGGAGGAAAGUGAGCAGCUUCAGGCCCUGGCUGGUUUUCCACAUUGGGUGGUUAGAGGUCCAGUACCAAAGGAAUAGGAACGGUCAUUCUGGAUAUAAUGGUGAGAAUAAAAAUCCCAGUCCCUUACUGGGAUUUGGUUCAUCACCAUCAACCCAUAGCUGGUUACAUUACUGAGCUGUUCCAGCUUAAUCGAUUCAAUAAAAAGAACCCAUUGUGCACAUAAGCAGUGUUAUUUACAGUCUAGAUAUCUCUGCUGUGGUACUAGGUGUGUUACUUUGUAUAAGUCUCUUUAACAACUUGUUUGUACUG